UCGGUGCUGAUGGACCUGAAAGCCCUGCUGCUGGAGGCUAAGCAGAAGGUGCCCCCUGUGCUACAAGUGCUGCACUGUGGGGAUGAGUCCAUGCUGGACAUUGGAGGAGAGCGUGGCUGUGCAUUCUGUGGGGGCUUGGGCCAUCGAAUCACUGACUGCCCCAAACUCGAGGCUAUGCAGACCAAGCAGGUUAGCAACAUCGGCCGCAAGGACUACCUGGCCCACAGUUCCAUGGACUUCUGAGCCCUCUGUCAUCCCUUGUCUCCAAGAGACCUCAGUCUCCAGCCACCUCCUACACACACCAGCCCCCUGGACAAAAAGCCAGCAUCUUUGGCCCAGCUGGCCUGGGCUGGGCCAGGCUGGGCCUGGCUGCCUGCUCCCUGUGUCCCCCAGAAUUACUAUUUUUGUUCCCCUUUACCCCAGCUGUCAUUAAAGCACAAGCCUCCCUGGUCUCAGCCCA